AUGGGAAUCCAUGGUCUAUUACCGCUACUCAAAUCCAUAAUGCUUCCAAUUCACAUCAAAGACCUUCACGGCUGCUCUGUCGCCAUCGAUACCUAUUCUUGGCUUCACAAAGGCGCCCUUUCUUGCAGCACUGACCUCUGCAAAGGAAUACCCACUUCUAGGCACAUUGAGUAUUGCAUGCAUAGAGUGAAUUUGCUGCGUCAUUAUGGUGUUAAACCUAUUCUCGUAUUUGAUGGAGGUUUUCUGCCAAUGAAGGUUGAACAAGAGAACAAGCGUGCUAGGGCUAGAAAGGAUAAUUUUGAACGCGCAGUUGAACAUGAUUCGAAUGGAAAUUCUACAGCUGCCUAUGAGUGCUACCAGAAAGCUGUUGAUAUUUCGCCUGCGAUUGCACGAGAACUAAUUCAGGUAUUGAAGCAGGAGAAUGUUCAGUUUAUUGUUGCUCCUUAUGAGGCAGAUGCUCAAAUGACAUUCUUGGCAAUUAGCAAACAGGUUGAUGCGGUUAUAACUGAAGAUUCGGAUCUUAUACCGUUUGGUUGUCCAAGAAUUAUCUUUAAAAUGGACAAGUUUGGUCAAGCUGUCCAGUUUCAGUAUUCAAUGCUUCAAAAGAAUAAGGAGCUUAGUUUUGAAGGGUUCAACAGACAAAUGCUUCUUGAAAUGUGUAUUUUGAGUGGCUGCGACUAUCUUCCGUCCUUGCCAGGUAUGGGUCUCAAAAAGGCCCAUGCAAGCAUGAAAAAGUUUAAAAGUUACGACAGGGUUCUCAAGCACUUGAGAUACAGUGGUAUUUCUGUACCUCCCAAUUACGAUGACUCAUUCAGGAAGGCUAUACUUACUUUCCAACAUCAACGGGUUUAUGAUCCAGUUAGUGAAAAUAUUGUCCAUUUGUUCGAUAUACAUGAGGAUAUUGGUGACGAGUUAGACUUUUUAGGCCCACCCUUGCCAAAAGAUAUAGCACAAGGAAUAGCAGAAGGGGAUCUUGAUCCAAUUACCAAAAUGCCAUUUGAGGGAGAUAAAUUUGUUGCCAGAUUAGAAAUUGCAGGAACUUCUCAAUUCAAAACACUUAAUUCUGAAAGGGUGAAGAAAAAGAUUGAUCUUCCUGUGCAGAAGAAUCUCUUGACCAAGUAUUUUUGUUUUGCAUCUCUUGAAGCAAAACGGGAAUUCAAAGCACCACGGACGUCACCUGCUACUGCUAACCAAAGUACACUGAUUUCCUCUUCUGUCAAUUCCCUGGAACAUCAGACUUUGGAAGCUGCUGCUAGUGAAACAAUGAACUCUGGUGCAUCCUCAGUUGACUCCGAUAAUUUAGGCAGCGGCUCUUCUCCGGAUUGCUAUAUUGAGAACAGUUUUUCCUUCAAAACUUCAGACCUUAUAGAAUCACCAUAUCAUGUAUCUAUGGCAGGAGAGAAGAAGGGAAGUCCUGAUCAUACAAUAUUGAGACAGCCCAGGCAGCCAAUUCAUAAACCUUGUCUGGGGUUGCAUAAGGAGCAUGAGCUCACAAAUGUCCAAGACAAAGUUGAAGGAAAAUCCAAGCAGGUAAAAAGAAAGGUAAUUGUAAGGAGUCCUUACUUUCAGCAGAAGCAAGUAGAAAAUAAUGUUUGUGAUGAGAAACAAGAGCAGCUGCCUUCUGGCUUCUUCGUCGAUGAGAGGAAAAAUGGCAUAUCUGGAGGUGAUUUAUGUAACAGCCAUUUGAAGAACAAAGACUUGAAAAGGAAGGCCUCCCCUAAUGACAAUACUCAAAAUGAAAACUUGCAGGCCAGGAAAAUGCAUCCUACUUCAUCUACUUAUGAUAAUGGUUGCUCUGAUCACAAUGUUGAUGCGCCAUUCAAAGAGGAUAGUGCUGAAGAAGAAAAAUUUGGGACAAACAUUUCACAUUUAGGCCAUUAUUCAGCAAUAGCUGAGAAGUCUUUGGAAAGAUUUGCUUCUGUAAUAUCGGCUUUCAAAUAUACACCCGGCUCUCGUGUCAGCGGUCUACGCGCUCCGCUGAAAGACGUUCACAACACUAAUAACAACAAUAGGCCAACAGCUGCAGACUUCAACAAAUAUGCGUACGUACCAAAACCAUCAAAGACUAGAAGAGUAGCUCCGGAUAUUUGUAAAACUCGUAAUACUAGGCCAGCAGCUGCGGACUUGAGCCAAUUUGCUUAUGUGCCAAAACAGAGACUAGAAGAAUAG